AUGGAGCCGUUCACCUUUGCGAGCUCGUCCGAGCUGCACAUGCCCGUCGGCGUCAAGGUAAACCGGCUGGAAGGGUACGAGAAGCCUCUGCCCUACUCGACGCUGCUCAAGCGACCCGAUCUGCGCCACCGCGGCAGCAACCUCACCGCCAACUCCGAGCUCUACAUCACCGUCACGCCUUUUGCCGACUCCAAGCCGCUGACCGUCCCCGCCCAGACGCCUUACAAGCACUUUCGCAACGGUCGCGUCUGGAACCAGUGGCUGUCUCUGCCCAUUGACUACAGCAGUCUGCCUGCCAAUACACAGCUCGCCAUCACCCUCUGGGAUCUGUCGCCCAUCAACCCGAGCGGUGGAGACAAGAGCCAUCACAUUCCGUUUGGGGGAACCACCAUUCCCCUCUUCGACGACGAUGCCACUCUUCGAACUGGCCGGCAGAAGUGCAAGAUCUGGAGGCACAAGGCUGCCGAUGGCUUCUCCGACACCACUACCCGCUUCGACGAGCCACGCAAGCGAGGCCGCCGCAACCAGCCCGCAGAGCCGAUCGUGGUCGAUGAGAAACUGAGUCGGCGAGACGCCGAGUUGGAACGCUUAGUCUCUCUGAUGAAGAAGCAUGAAAUGGGCGAGAUAUCCGAGAGUCGGUGGCUCGAUCAAAUGGUCUUCCGCCAGGUCGAGAAGCUGGAGAGGCAGCAGAUCAAAGACUCUAUCAAGUCAAGACGUCCUGCGUUGCCAGUCAACGGUGAUACAAGUGGCGAACACUCAGAGAUGCAGUGUGCAGACGGCGAUCCGGACCACGUGGACGGCACGUUCUUCCUCUACAUUGAGUUUCCUCGAUUUGACCACCCUAUUGUAUUUACCGAUCAUGAAUACCCGCCUCCGCCCGUCUCAUCCAUACCGGCGCCACACCCGCUCAGUACCCCCGGUGUCAACUUCAAGCCACCACCUGAAGUGCAACUAGGCCCAGGAAUCCACUCCGAUGGACUGAAUGAUACAGAUGGAGGCGGGAGAUUGAUCGGAAUCUACGAUCCGGAGGUAGGCUACGCUGACAAUCCGGCCGAAACAAAGCAUCGACGACUUGUUCGAGGCCAGCAGCACGCUCUAGAUCGUGAUCUGAGGCCGAAUCCGAAGAUGCGCGAUUUCCUCAAUCGUGUCAUGAUGUACGGCCCUACUGUCGACCUGAGCGACAAAGAGAAGGACGAGGUCUGGCGCUUCAGACAUCAUCUCACGCGGGACAAGCGAGCACUCACGAAACUCGUCAAGUCGGUGAAUUGGAACGAGCCGGCCGAGAGCAAGCAGGCCAUUGCAUUGCUGCCCAAAUGGGUCGAGAUUGACAUCGAUGAUGCCCUUGAACUCCUCGGCCCCGGCGUACGAAAUCCCACUGUCCGCGCGUAUGCCGUGGAUCGGCUACGCAAAGCUGAUGACGAGGAGUUGUUGCUCUACCUAUUACAGCUUGUACAAGCGUUGAAGUUCGAACCACAACAUUCCCGAGAACAAGACGAGAGCGACUCGUCGCUCGCAUCCUUAUUGAUUGCACGAUCAGCGGCUAAUCUAAAGCUCGGCAAUUUCCUACAUUGGUAUCUCAUGGUGGAAUUGGAUCUGGGAGACGAGCAGGCCCAAUCUUCUGCAAACAAGAAGCUCUUUGCACGUGUGAGCUUCGACUUUCAAAAGGAGCUCGAAACGACAGCAGAGGGUAAGGCGCGACGACGAGUGCUCUUGCGACAAGGGGAAUUCAUCACCGUCCUCAGUAAGAUCAGCAAAGACGUGCAGUCACAGAAAGGAGACCGGUUGAGGAAGAUCGAACAUCUGAAGAAGAUGCUCGCAGACCCCAGGAACGAGCUUCUCCAUUUGGAUCCUCCAUUGCCGCUGCCACUCGAUCCAGAAAUCAAGGCCGUUGGCAUCAUUCCCGAUAACUGCAAUGUCUUCAAGUCUUCUUUGCUGCCUCUUCUGCUCAACGUCAAGACCGACACCGGAGAGGUAUAUCCCUUCAUGUUCAAAUCCGGAGACGACCUACGUCAAGAUCAACUUGUCAUCCAAAUCAUCGCCCUCAUGGACCGACUCCUUCGCAAAGAGAAUCUAGACCUCAAACUCACGCCAUAUCGAACACUGGCUACAUCACGUCUAGCAGGCGCUGUGCAGUUUAUUGCAUCUACGCCUAUAUCCGCUAUACUGACAAAUCCCAAAUAUAACAAUUCAAUCCUCGGCUACCUGAAAGCUCACAAUCCUCCCAGAUCUUCUUCGCAAUCAAUUCUCGGCGUCCGGAAAGAUGCCAUGGACAACUACGUUAAAUCCGUCGCUGGGUAUUGCGUCGUCACCUACCUUCUAGGAGUUGGAGACCGCCACCUCGACAACCUUCUCCUCACUGGAGAUGGGCACUUCCUUCACAUUGACUUUGGCUACAUUCUCGGACGCGAUCCCAAACCCAUGGCCCCCCUCAUGAAACUUUCUCGAGAGAUGAUUGAAGGUAUGGGAGGCUCCAACAAUGAACAAGAAAGCCAAUUCGAGUCUUUCAAGUCGUAUUGUUUUACGGCAUAUACAACUCUGAGGAGGCAGAGUUCUCUCAUAUUGAAUCUCUUCUCCUUGAUGCAGGAUGCGGGCAUUCCCGGCCUGGCUGUGUUCGGUGAUCAGGCUGUGAGGAAAGUGGAAGAGAGAUUCAAGCUGGACGUCAGCGAGACUGAUGCAACGAGAGUUUUCGAGGAGAUGAUCAACAGGGAGAUUGGGGCUUGGGGCCCAGUCUUGAUUGACAAACUGCACGGAUAUGCGCAGGCUUGGAAGGCUUGA